CUUGUUUUACUGCUAUCAAAUUGAUUGUGGAGCUUGAUUCUGUUAAAACAGAAGUCUUUAGCAAAUGGGUAUGAUCGAAUUGAAAAGAUUGUGAGCCUUUUGAUACUGGGUAUUGAAGAAAAAGAAAAAAGAGAAGGAUUUGUGGUUAUUUAAGUAGUGAAAACCCUUAUGGUCGUUGCUAAUGAAUGAGGCCAUUGCACUCACUCAUUGAGAGUUCAGCGUAUGCUUCCUUCAAGGUUUUGGUAAACCAUUGUCGGGCAAUCAAAUUAGGUGCCGUCGCAGACAUCUACACUGCCAACAAAAUCUUAUGUGGGUAUACAAAAUGCAGGGAUUUAUGCGUUGCUCACAAGUUGUUCGAGGAAAUGCCCCACAGAGACACUGUGUCUUGGAAUACAAUGAUCGGUGGGUAUAUAAACUGUGGGAAUUUCGAGAUUGCGUGGGAAAUUCUGAGAACCAUGAAGAGAUAUGGAUUUGAUUUUGAUGGGUAUACAUUUGGAAGCAUACUCAAGGGGGUUGCUUGUGCUUAUCGGCUUGAUCUUGGGCAACAAGUGCAUUCGAUGAUCGUUAAGAUGGGCUAUGCCGGAAAUGUUUAUUCGGCUAGUGCACUCUUGGACAUGUAUGCAAAGUGCGAAAGAGUUGAGGAUGCAUAUGUGGUGUUUCAGUGCAUACCGGAGCCUAAUUCUGUUUCGUGGAAUGCGCUGAUCGCUGGUUAUGUGCAAGCGGGUGACCGUGGGACUGCAUUUUGGCUUUUAGAUUGUAUGGAGCGGGAGGGUGUAAAGCCUGACGAUGGCACAUUUGCUCCGCUUUUGACGUUGCUUGAUGAUGCUGAUUCUUACAAGUUAACGAUGCAGAUUCAUAGUAAAAUUAUAAAGGAUGGGCGAGCAUUUUAUAACACCAUGUGCAACGCCUUAAUCACUUCAUAUUCAGAGUGUGGGUCCGUAGAAGAUGCCAAAAGAGUGUUUGAUGGUGCUGUUGGCGUCCGAGAUUUGGUGACAUGGAAUUCCAUGCUUGCUUCUUACCUCGUAUACAAUAAAGAAGAACUUGCAUUCCAACUCUUCAUGGAUAUGCUAGGGCUUGGGUUUGAACCAGACAUCUAUACUUACACUAGUCUCAUUAGUUCUUGUUUUGAUGCAACACAUAAAAGGAAUGGGAAAUCCUUGCAUGGAUUGGUAAUGAAAAGAGGACUGCAACUAUCCGUACCAAUAUCUAAUGCAUUAAUAGCCAUGUAUCUUAAAUCAAAUAACAGAUCUGUGGAAGAAGCAUUGCUCAUUUUUGAGACCAUGGAGUCCAAGGACCGUGUUUCAUGGAACUCUAUUUUGACUGGACUUUCUCAAAUUGGCUUAAGUGAAGAUGCCUUGAAAUUCUUUGGUCAUAUGAGAUCUGUGGUAGAAGACAUUGAUCACUAUACCUUUUCAGCUGUCCUCCGAUCUUGCUCAGACAUAGCAACCCUCCAAUUGGGUCAACAAGUCCAUGUCUUGGCACUUAAAUCGGGCUUUGAAUCCAAUGAAUUUGUUGCCAGUUCAUUAAUCUUCAUGUAUUCCAAGUGUGGGAUCAUUGAAGAUGCUAGGAAAUCCUUUGAAGAUACCCCGAAAGACAGCUCAAUCACUUGGAACUCAAUCAUUUUUGGGUAUGCACAACAUGGGCAGGGAAAUGUUGCACUUGACCUCUUCUACCUAAUGACACAGAGUAGCGUGAAACCUGAUCAUAUAACCUUUGUUGCGAUUCUAACUGCAUGCAGCCAUAUUGGUUUGGUAGAAGAAGGACGCAAGUUUCUUAUAUCUAUGGAAUCAGAAUAUGGGAUUCCACUGCGAAUGGAGCAUUACGCCUGUGGAGUCGAUCUAUAUGGGCGAGCUGGGUGUCUAGAUGAGGCAAAAGCAUUGAUUGAGGCAAUGCCUUUUGAACCUGAUGCAAUGGUGUGGAAGACUUUGCUCGGUGCCUGUAGGAUUUGUGGUGACAUUAAAUUAGCUAGUCAGGUAGCAAGCCUUUUGCUAGAGCUAGAGCCUCAAGAGCACUGCACUUAUGUUCUUCUCUCGAACAUGUAUGGGCGUCUUAGGCGGUGGGAUGAAAAGGCUAGUGUGACGAGGCUUAUGAAGGAAAGGGGAGUGAAAAAGGUCCCUGGUUGGAGUUGGGUAGAAGUUCAUAAUGAGGUGCAUGCUUUCAAUGCAGAAGACCAUUCCCACUCCCAUUGUCAAGAGAUAUACCUUGUAUUGAGAUCGUUAAUGGAGGAAAUCAGGAGGUUGGAUUCUGUUGCCAAUUUAAAGGUUUUGAUGCAUGAUUUUGAUCAUAUGGGCAAAAUAGAGGGAAGUAACAAAUAGUGGAAUGCAACCAGUACUGCUGUUCUAACUCGUAGUGAUUGUUCCUCAAAGAAUGGCUGUGUUUAUCAAUAAAUAUUUCACUUGUUUAAUUUUUUAUCA